AUGGAUGGUGGUGACGUUAUUGGCCAUGGAGUAAUGCAAGUUAACUCUGAAGCACACGAUGGGAUUUUUCAUGAGAAUGGUCGUGUUAACGAUGACGGUGAACUGGAUUUUGUUAGUGAUGGAUGCUUGGAUAAUGUUGAAUAUGACAACAGAGUUGUUGAUGAAGAUUCUGAGUUUGAAGAAGUUGAAUACUAUGAUGAAGAUGCGGAAGAAGAUAAUGAAUUUUACGGAUGUGAAUACGAUGAUGAAGAUGGAGAUGAUGAUGGCGAAUUAGAUGGUGAUGAUUAUGAUGACGAGAUAGGUUCCGGUUAUGUUAGUGGACACGAAUAUUGGAAUACAGAUUCAAACGGCAGUGGAAUUUCUGGGGAAGGAUCGGAAUGGGGUUCGGACAGAUUGAAUGAAUCGAUAUCUUCAGAUCAAAUUCUAGACGAAUCAUUUGUUGUUGACGUGUUUGACGACAUUGCAAAUAUGGACAUGUUUAACUUGCAAUGUGAUGAUGUUUCGAAGCUGCAAUUUGGAAGUCUGGAAAUAGCUUACACAUGGUACUGUUGGUUUGCAAAGAUGAACGGUUUUGCAGUCCGUAAAGGUCAAGUUAUUAAAAAAAAGAGUGGAGAUGUUACUCAACAAACAUUUCUUUGUAACCUUGCAGGAUUUAGGCAAAACAAAGUAGAUAAUCGCAAACGCGGUCUGAGGCACGAAACCUGGUGUGGAUGUGAAGCAAAAUUUCGGGUUCAUAUUGAUAUAAUUUCACACCGUUGGUAUGUCACAGUUUUUACCUUUGAGCACAAUCAUGCAAUGUUAAAGGAGAAGCACUGCAGGCUGUUGGCAGGUAAUAGGAAGCUUAGUAAGUCAGAUAAGAUGCAAAUUAAGAAUUUUGGGAAUGCCGGAACCAAAGUAACUCAAAUGAUUGGUUCAUUCGCUAAUGCUGCCGGGGGGUAUGAUAAGGUAGGAUUUUUGAAGAAGGAUGUACAUAAUCAAAUUGCAAGACAAAGGAAAGAGAUGUCUUCUGAUGCUAAAGGUGCUGUCAGGUAUCUUAUUGAUCUUCGUGUUAAAGAUCCAUUGAUGCUUGUUGCACACACGGUGGGUGCGGAUGGAACGUUGCAAAACCUAUUUUGGAGCGACGGUGAGAGUCAAAAGAAUUAUGAACUGUUUGGUGAUGUGCUUGCUUUUGAUGCUACAUACAAGAAAAAUAAGUACAGGUGCCCAUUUGUUGUUUUUUCUGGUGUUAAUCACCAUAACCAGAAGAUUAUAUUUGCUACUGCCAUAGUUUCAAAUGAGAUUGAAGGGACAUAUGUAUGGUUGCUGGAGCAGUUUUUGGUUGCAAUGAAAGGUAAGACACAUUUAUCUGUAAUAACGGACGGUGAUGUUGCUAUGAGAAAUGCAAUCAGGGAAGUCUUUCCCAACAGUUACCACAGGUGUGUGGCAUAUUUUCGAUUUAGAGAGGUUCAAGCUGAUUUUGAAUCCCAAUAUGGACAGGCAAUGUUGCAUACCAAUCUUAGGGCGCUUGAGAGGUCAGCAUCAAAGCACUGGACAAAAGAGUUAUUUGAAAUGGUACGAUCUGUUAUGAAAAAGGUAACCUUAACAUCUGUAUUAGAUAUUCAAGAUAUGACAUCAGUUACCAAUUAUGCAGUGACAAAAUACAGAGACGAAGGGCAUGGAUGGCGUGUUUCCCACUGUCCAUCGAAUAACGAUUUCAGAUGCUCGUGUCUUAGAAUGGAAUCCAUUGGGAUUCCUUGUGAGCACAUUGUUGCUGUGAUGGUUUAUCUUAAUAUUGUAGAAUUUCCUGAGAAUCUUGUAUUGAAUCGUUGGUCAUUAUAUGCGAAGGAGUCUAUUAGUGGAAGUUAUGAAGAUGGUUCCCACUACUGGGAUUCACAUUUGGUUGCUAGACACGCUACUUUGGUGAAUCUUAGUAAGGAGGUCGCUGACUGUCAUAUAUGGAUGCUUAAAUCGAAGUACAACAAUGAAGAUGUUCCAGAUAACAUACAUGUUGAAGAGGAGUUGGUGAAUAUACUUAACCCUUCAUUUUCAAGAAGCAAGGGUUGUGGACCAGGUACUGUUGGUACAUCAGAGAGACGCAGGCGGACACAGACGUGUGGGAUAUGCGGUGCAGCUGGUCACAACAGAAGAUGCUGCCCUACUCUUGGAGCAGAUGGAGAGCCUCCUGCAGAUAGUUCUUUACAAUCAGCAUCUGUAAGGUUAAGUAAUGACUAUGGAUUUUCAGUUUGA